AUGCACUUCACCAUCCACCACUAGACUCUUUCAUAUUCCAUCACUUUCUUUUCUCAAAAACCCUUUAUUACUUAAAUUGACCAUACAUGGCUUCUCAUCACCUCAGCCUGCGCCUGCUGGUGGCUUCAAGCUGCGUCCUGCUGGGCUUUCUGGCGGCGGUGUCUGCGGGCAACUUCAACCAGGAGUUCGACAUAACAUGGGGCGACGGACGGGCCAAGAUCCUCAACAACGGCGACCUUCUCACCCUCUCCCUCGACAAGUCCUCCGGCUCCGGCUUUAAGUCCAAGAACCAGUACUUGUUCGGCAAGAUUGAUAUGCAGAUUAAGCUCGUCCCCGGUAACUCCGCCGGCACCGUCACUGCCUAUUAUCUUUCGUCACUUGGAUCGACUCACGACGAGAUAGACUUCGAGUUCCUUGGCAACUUGAGCGGAGACCCCUAUAUCCUCCACACCAAUGUAUUCACGCAGGGAAAGGGUAGCAGAGAACAGCAGUUCUACCUCUGGUUCGAUCCCACCAGUGACUUCCACACCUACUCCCUCUUGUGGAACCCUCAAAGCAUCAUCUUCUCCGUGGACGGCACUCCCAUUAGAGAGUUCAAGAACUUAGAAUCAUCGGGCGUUGCCUUCCCGAAGAGCCAGCCCAUGUGGAUAUACUCCAGCCUCUGGAACGCCGACGACUGGGCGACGCGCGGCGGACUGGUGAAGACGGACUGGACCCAGGCGCCCUUCACCGCCUCCUACCGCAACUUCCAAGCCCAGGCCUGCGUAUGGGCUUCUGGCUCCUCUUCUUGCUCUUCCUCAUCCUCAUCCUCCAACAACUCCUGGCUAAACCAGGGCCUUGACACCACCGGCCAAGCUAGACUCAAGUGGGUGCAAAAGAACUACAUGAUUUACAACUACUGCACCGACACCAAGCGAUUCCCACAAGGACUCCCUCCCGAAUGCUCCCUAGCAUGACCUGCCCAAACCUGCACAACAAUUAAAAUUAUUGCUCUUUCUAUUAAUUUCUAUACCAAGUCGUUAUUCAUCAUUUGUUUCUUCAGUAUAUUUGAAAGUUUGAAAUUUAAAUUUUAGAUUUGAAACUACUAAAAUUUGGACAAAGUUGAAUAUUAAGUUUUAUUUAAAAUUUAUACUUUCAAAUAUAAUAUUUUUAUAAGUCAAACAAGUCCACCUGAAGUGAGAUUUUUUUCACAUGCAAUAUGUAUUAUAUAUAAAAAUGGAUAUGUGCAUGGAAUAUAUAUAUUUCUUGGUUUGUUCUUCA